CAGGAUGUCCUGUGUGACCUCCGACAGAGCUGCUGGAACGGUUAUACUUUGCAGGAUGUCUUGUGUGUCCUCCGACAGAGCUGCUGGAACGGUUAUACUUUGCAGGAUGUCUUGUGUGUCCUCCGACAGAGCUGGAACGGUUAAACUCUGCAGGAUGUCUUGUGUGACCUCUGAUAGAGCUGCUGGAACGGUUAUACUUUGCAGGAUGUCCUGUGUGACCUCCGACAGAGCUGCUGGAACGGUUAUACUUUGCAGGAUGUCCUGUGUGACCUCCGACAGAGCUGCUGGAACGGUUAUACUUUGCAGGAUGUCCUGUGUGACCUCCGACAGAGCUGCUGGAACGGUUAUACUUUGCAGGAUGUCCUGUGUGACCUCCGACAGAGCUGCUGGAACGGUUAUACUUUGCAGGAUGUCCUGUGUGACCUCCGACAGAGCUGCUGGAACGGUUAUACUUUGCAGGAUGUCUCGUGUGACCUCUGACAGAGCUGCUGGAACGGUUAAACUCUGCAGGAUGUCUCUUGUGACCUCCGACAGAGCUCGAACGGUUAUACUCUGCAGGAUGUCUCGUGUGACCUCCAACAGAGGUGCUGGAACGGUUAUUCUUUGCAGGAUGUCCUGUGUGACCUCCGACAGAGCUGCUGUAAAGGUUAAACUCUGCAGGAUGUGUCAUGUGACCUCAGACAUAGCUGCUGGAACGGUUAUACUUUGCAGGAUGUCUUGUGUGUCCUCCGACAGAGCUGCUGUAACGGUUAAACUCUGCAGGAUAUCUGAUUCUUCUAGUAAGUUUGUUUCUAGAUCCUAUUUUAGCCAAAGUGAACCCAAACUUGGGGGACUGUUCUAUAUGAUUACAAAUUAAAUUCAACCCAGCAAACCCUUUAGUGACCAUGAUUUAGACACAUUCAUGACAAACAUGACUUUAUACGGACUACAAAGGGGUUAAAGACGCUAACAGGUAACCUGAAUUGAUCACUGUAUUCUCAACUAUGAAAACGUGUUAAAUUUUUUAUUUCUUUUGAUAAUGGAUUUUAACGUUUCUCUGUAUCCCUCCUAGUUGGCACGAGUUUCACUAUAAUGGGCUCACAGGUCAAUGGCUGUGUCCUGGAUUUUGAAAUUUUUGUAUUCACAACAAAUGGGCUGUUUUCUGAUAAUUACCUUUUUUCCCUUUUCUUUCUUUCUUUCCCCUCUGACAACCUUUCCUGGUUGCUGGACCAUAUGGCCAGUGCCAACGUACCAGCAGUAGUGCCCAUGCAGUACUGUGCCAGUGAGGGGCAAGUGGACAGCAAAGGCUGGGAAUACAGGCUACAUGCGAACACUUGGGGUCCUGAUUGGCUGCUGGGAGGUGCGCCCCAAGCUGGACUCCUCAGGGAGGUGGGAAAUUAGGGUGUAUAUCUCCUGCUUUUCAGUUAUUCAGAUUUUCAUUUUGUUGUGCUUGUGUGUAUUUUAUUAUGAUGAUUUAUUAUUAUUAUUAUUAUAAUAGAUCUUUUCCUUGGAAAAGUUCCUGGGAGAAGUUGUGGAAGUUAAACACAGUACUGUGUACAUAACCCCUUCUUUUGUAUAAAACAAAAAAUAAAUGUAUCAUUUUGUGCACA